ACAUUGCACCUUAUCAAUCUGUCCAAGUAGACUACUAGAUCUAAUGGCUUCCACACAGCCCUUGCAGAGUCCCCAUCAUAUUGUCCAUCAACAGGAAGAAAUCAACUAUAGCCACUGAAUGCUAGCUAUAAAACCAGGUGAAAACUAGUCAGUCAUAAUAACUAUUCAAACAGAAAAUGAAGACCUUCCUUCUCCUGACUGUGCUUGCCCUAGUGGCCUACAGCUAUGCUGCUCCAACCUCCAACCUUGCUGCUGUGGAGGCACUCCUCAACAACCUGAAUGAUGCUCAACUGGAGAGCCUUCUCAAUGUACAAGUUCAGGAGGACGAUGACGACGGUGACGGUAUUGCUGCACUCAUGCAAGACAACGAUGAUGAUGGCACUGCUGAACUCGAAGCCAUGCUACAAGAUGCGCAGUUUCAAUCAUUCUGGUCGAGUUUAAAAAAAAUUGGCAAGAAGGUUUACAAUGGAGCUAAGAAAGUUGCCUCGAAUCCUAUAGUGGGUGACAUUGGAGGGCAGCUUCUAAGCAAAUAUAUGCCCGUUGAUGCUCAAGAUGACAAUGAUGACGGUGGUGACGGUAUUGCUGCACUCAUGGCAAUGAUGCAAGACAACGAUGAUGAUGGAAUCGCUGAAAUCGAAGCUAUGCUACAAGAUGCGAGAUUUCAAAAUUGGUUCAAGAAAGCCUUCAGCAAAGUAAAAGACUUUGGCAAGAAGGCUUACAGCGGAAUUAAGAAAGUUGCCUCAAAUCCUAUUGUGGGUGCAAUUGGAAAGCAGCUCCUAAGCAAAUAUGUACCCAUACCCGUUGAUGCUCAAGAUGACGAUGAUGAUGAUGGUGACGGUAUUGCUGCACUCAUGGCAAUGAUGCAAGACAACGAUGAUGAUGGAAUUGCUGAAAUCGAAGCUAUGCUACAAGAUGUGAGAUUUCAAUCUUGGUUCAAGAAAGCCUUCAGCAAAGUAAAAGACUUUGGCAAGAAGGCUUACAGCGGAAUUAAGAAAGUUGCCUCAAAUCCUAUUGUGGGUGCAAUUGGAAAGCAGCUCCUAAGCAAAUAUGUACCCAUACCCGUUGAUGCUCAAGAUGACGAUGAUGACGGUGGUGACGGUAUUGCUGCACUCAUGGCAAUGAUGCAAGACAACGAUGAUGAUGGAAUCGCUGAAAUCGAAGCUAUGCUACAAGAUGCGAGAUUUCAAAAUUGGUUCAAGAAAGCCUUCAGCAAAGUAAAAGACUUUGGCAAGAAGGCUUACAGCGGAAUUAAGAAAGUUGCCUCAAAUCCUAUUGUGGGUGCAAUUGGAAAGCAGCUCCUAAGCAAAUAUGUACCCAUACCCGUUGAUGCUCAAGAUGACGAUGAUAUUGCUGCACUCAUGGCAAUGAUGCAAGAUAAUGAUGAUGAUGGUAAAGACGAUGAUGAUGACAGCAUUGCUGAAAUCGAAGCCAUGCUACAAGAUGCAAGAUUUCAAGGGUGGAAGAAAAGCUUGAAAAGCAUUGGCAAGAAGGCUUACAGAGGAGCUAAGAAAGUUGCCUCAAAUCCUACUGUUCGUGGAAUUGGAAAUCAAGUCCUAAGCAAAUAUAUGCCCGUUGAUACGCAAGAUGACAAUACCGAAAUCGAUUCCUUGCUGGAUGCUUUGCUACUGAACGCUUGAUUAAAGAUGUGCAUGGUUUUGCAUAGCUGAUUAUAGUAUAAUUGUGCAAACUGUGAUGAUGUGAAUUGUUUGUUGUUUCUUUUAAUGUUUUGCUAACCUGC